AUGACCCCUAAGGUCUCCAAGAAGAUAAUGGACACAGCAAAAGGAUUCUACCUGAUUGAGGCAAUAUUAACCACUGGGAAAGAUUGCCUCAAUGCCUCACCAACUGCUAGGGCAGAAGCAGCAUGCUGGAGGAUUGAUUGUCCCACUUCACCUAGACAAAGUGAGCUGCACCCUUUUCUGAAGAACAUGCAGUUUACUAAUCCAGCUGGAGAACAAGUGAAUUUGGAUGAAAAAAUGAAAUUGAAUGCAGAAUAUGACAUUCUCAACUACUGGAACUUUCCAGAAGGUCUUCAACUUAAGGUGAAAGUUGGACAGUUUUCCCCAUAUGGUCCACUUGGUCAACAAUUAUCUUUAUCUGCUGACAUGGUAGAAUGGGCUACCGGAAUUACAGAGACUCCCCAGUCCAUAUGCAGUGAAAGUUGUGGUCCUGGAUUCAGACAAUCCCUCCAAGAAGGAAAUGUGAUCUGUUGUUUUGACUGCAUCCCAUGCCCAGAGAAUGAAAUUUCCAAUGAGACAGAUGCGGAUCAGUGUAUGCAGUGUUUAGACCAUCAAUAUACCAACGCAGCACAGGACCACUGCCUCCAAAAAUCUAUNACCUUCCUGGAUUAUGAAGAUCCCAUGGGCAUAGGUCUGUCCUGUGUAGCCUUGUGCUUCUCUGCAUUGNCAGCUCUAGUUCUUGGCAUCUUUCUGAAGCAGAAAAACACUCCUAUUGUGAAGGCAAAUAACCGCACUCUCAGCUACAUCCUGCUCGUCACCCUUAACCUCUGUUUUCUCUGUACUUUUCUCUUCAUUGGUCAUCCCAACACAGCCACUUGCAUCCUACAGCAGACCACAUUUGGAGUGGUGUUCACUGUGGCUGUUUCCACUGUCUUGGCCAAAACUAUUACNGUGGUUCUGGCCUUCAAGGUCACUGCUCCAGGAAGAAGAAUCAGGUGGUUGUUGGUAACACGGGCACCUAACUUCAUAGUUCCCAUCUGCACCUUGAUCCAAAUUAUACUGUGUGGAAUCUGGCUGGCAAACUCUCCUCCCUUCAUUGACACAGAUACACAUUCUGAACAUGAACAUAUUAUCAUCAUGUGCAANAAGGGCUCAGUCACUGCCUUCUACUGUGUGCUGGGAUAUCUGGGGGCUCUGGCCCUGGGAAGCUUCACCAUNGCUUUCCUGGCCAGGAAUCUACCUGACACUUUCAAUGAAGCCAAGUUCCUGACAUUCAGCAUGCUGGUGUUCUGCAGCGUCUGGGUCACCUUUCUCCCUGUCUACCACAGUACCAAGGGAAAGGUCAUGGUGGCUGUGGAGGUCUUCUCCAUCCUGGUCUCCAGUGCAGGACUUCUAGGCUGUAUCUUUGCCCCCAAGUGCUACAUCAUUUUGUUAAGACCACANAGGAACUCUAUUCAGGGUCACAGGGACAAAAUACACUAUAGUUAUAAGACUUAA